ACAAGAAUCCAAGUUUCUCAAAUUAAGGCCCAAUCCAAUAUCGAUAUAGUCCGUAUCACACAGUAUCAUUUAAAUCAAACAACACAAUUCUACUAUUUCCCCCAAAUCCAAAUUCUUUUUCUCUCCACAACAAUCACCAAUGUCAACCAUUUCCACCAACCAAACCACCAAAAUCUUCGUCUAUGGAACCCUCAAACGAGGCUUCCCAAACCACCAUCUUUUAGAAGAACUUACCUCCUCAAACGACGCCGUUUUCCUAGGAUGUUACAAAACCCUCAAUUUAUACCCUCUAGUAUGCGGGCCCUUGGGUAUCCCCUUCUUGAUCAACAUUCCCGGGUCGGGUCACCGGGUCAUCGGAGAGCUCUACUCGGUAUCGGGCCCGGGCCUGGCCCGGUUGGACGAGCUUGAAGGGAUCAGUCGUGGACACUACGAGCGGCUUCCUAUGGAGGUGGUGACGGAUGAGGAAGGUGACCCGCGGGUGACGGGAGCAGAGGGGUAUUUUGGGCAUCGUAGUUUUGGGGAGGAAUUGUGGAAUAAAAAUGGGAAAGUGGGAAUGGAGGAAUAUUUGGAUAAAUUAGGGGAGAAAUAUGUUAGGGUUAAGGAUCGAGAUGUUGGGUUGAAUUUGAAGGAUUAUAUUCUUGAAUAUCUUCAAUCUCAUGAUCAUCAACCAUCUAAUUGAUUUGCAUGAGUUAUGCAAAAAUUAAUUGUAAUUAUUAUUAUAAUUAUCUUAAUUAAUUAUGCAGUAAAGUUUAAUCUUA